AUGGUGGAAUACCCUUCGAAUAUUCCCUCUCGCCUCUUCCCCUGCCCGCGAUUUGAUCAGACCUUCUCUCUAAAGGUAUCAAAGCACACCGUCGAAGGAAACACGUCCACGAUGAAGUCCGUCCCGUGUGGGUUGUCCGGCGUGGAGGUUUGUCUCGUCGAGGUCGCAUUUGAUUUUCUUCCUGGCAAAGAGCCUCUCGGGGUCGGAGUCAACAGCACCGGCCAGUCCACGGCCGUGAGACGAAGGCUGGGCAACGGUAUGUUUGGGGGGGGCAGCCGUGCCAAACACCAACAGCAACAGGCGUUCGGAUGGGGCUGGUUUGGCGGCGGGGGCGGUAGUGGUCGACGCCGCAAGCUGCAGUCCAACCCCGUGGAGGUUCUGGUGCUCUACACCAACAUGUCGUUGGUCUUGAUGGGCGUGAGCGACGUCCAGAUGGAAACCAUGGUCUCCGCCGCCAUCUCGACCGUGAACAUGGGCUUCGAGAAUUCCCACAUCGGGAUUGAGACAACCACAGUCUACCAGGGCAGGCUGCCGUACUCCCAAGAUUACACGGAUGAUUCCAGCACCAAACUCAGCGACUUGCGAGAGAACGAGGAGGUUAACGCGCUCCGCGAUGAGUACGGGGCAGACAUCGUUCUUCUUGUCGACUACCUACUGGACGCUUGCGGAAUCGCGUGA